AUUAUGACCGUGUUGGGAGGAUACACGGCCACCUGUGUGUAGGCUGCCAGUUGCAUAUCACUCGCCGCCGCUAUCGUCAUCCCCAAUUCCCCCCUCCUCCUCCUCUUGAUAAAAUCUAUAGCACAAAUGGAUUAACGGAUGAUUGCAUCACCAUCGUUAAUGGCUUCUUCAUCUUCAUAUUGCGUCAAAAUCGAUGGAUUACGCGGUACUGACACCACCGCAUUCAUCCCAAUUUCAGUUGCUUCUUCCAUUUGCGCCUGCCAAUUUUCCCCUAAAUCCCUAAUUUUGAGUCGGCCAUCUAUCAAUCUUAAACUCAAGUUCGUUGAUGCACUUUUCCAAAUUCCUAAUGGUGGAUUUGGAAUUCAUUGUAACCGACCGAGGAUUUUCACCAAGACUCUGGUGGUUAGAGCCGAGGCGAACCAGAUUGAAGAUGAGGAACCUGUUGAGGUUAACAAAAACCAUGGUUCAUCAAAAGAGGAUGCAGAUUUAAUGCAACAGCAGAAAUCAAGUCAGUUAGCAAAAAGGGUUGUCUUUGGACUUGGAAUUGGAAUUUCUGCUGGUGGAGUCGUUCUAACAGGAGGAUGGGUAUUCUCUGUGGCCUUAGCUGCUGCUAUAUUUGCUGGUUCAAGAGAAUACUUUGAAUUGGUUAGAAGUCAUGGAAUUGCUUCUGGAAUGACUCCCCCUCCUCGCUAUGUGUCGCGAGUUUGCUCUGUUAUCUGUGCUCUUAUGCCUCUAUUGACACUAUAUAAGGGUCAAAUUGAUGUUUCUGUUACAUCAGCGGCCUUUGUUGUUGCUAUUACAUUACUGUUACAAAGGGGAAAUCCUCGUUUUUCGCAGCUAAGCAGUACAAUAUUUGGCCUGUUCUAUUGCGGCUAUCUUCCUUCGUUCUGGGUUAAACUUAGAUGUCGUUUAACAGCACCUGCCUUAAAUACUGGAGUGGGAGCUACAUGGCCUGUACUUUUAGGUGGUCAAGCUCAUUGGACGGUGGGUCUUGUUGCCACGUUGAUAUCUAUCAGCAGCAUAAUUGCGGCAGAUACAUUUGCUUUUGCUGGUGGCAAGGCAUUUGGAAGGACACCGCUUACCAAUAUUAGUCCUAAGAAAACAUGGGAGGGAGCUCUUGCAGGCUUAACAGGAUGCAUAGCCACCUCUGUAAUAUUGUCAAAGAUCUUUUCAUGGCCUACAUCUGUGCUCAGUGCAAUAGGUUUUGGUGUCCUGAACUUCUUUGGCUCUCUUUUCGGUGACCUUCUUGAGUCGAUGAUCAAGAGAGAUGCUGGUGUUAAAGAUUCAGGAUCCCUCAUUCCCGGCCAUGGUGGGAUACUGGACAGGGUGGAUAGUUACAUAUUUACAGGUGCACUUGCUUAUGCUUUUGUUCGUAACUUGCUACCCGUUUAUGGAGUUUGAAUCAAACUAAGCAAACGUGUAUAUGCGUUGUGCUAGAAAUGGUAGAGAUGAUAAGUCUGCAUUGUGAAAGGUAAGUAAGAAAUACGUAUACAGUUUGUAUUCUUGAGUUUAGAAGAAACAAUCGACUCUCUAGUUUCGUUUCACUAGAUGCCAAUAAUUAAAUGUGUCGAAUAUUGUUACAUUUCAAUCAAUAAUAAUACCUUAUAGAGCUCUAUG